AUAAUAAUAAUAAUAAUAAGUCGUUGCCUUCGGGAACAGAGAAGCAGAUUUCCAAGUGUCCCUAUUUUCCAGGGACAGUCCUGGAUUUACGGAAGUCUCUCCGGUUUCUGAUUUGAAUGUCCCGCUUUUCCUUAAUACGUCCGUUUUCACUGGAGAAAUGUUGGAGGGUAUAGAGUUACCCAACCCACCUGAGCCAUCUGAAGGCAGCCCUGGAUAGGGAAUGUUUACUUUUUAAUAUUCUGUUUUUAUAUAUGUUGGAAGCUGGCUAGAGUAGCUGGGGGCAACCCAGUAAGGUAGGUAGGGGAGAAAGAGUAAAACAGUAGCAGCAGCAACAACAACGGAAUAGGGCACCCCUACUUUCAUGAGAAAAAUGUUGGAGGGGUGGCUUUCCUAUCUUCCUAAGUAGGCUUCGUGGUCCCCAGCCACGUAUGCAAAGCAGGAGGAGAGCCUGCCUUUGUGCAAAUAAGGGGGCUGACAGCUCCGCGGUGAGUAAACAACGUUCAUUCCACUUCGAUGCCAUAGCGGGCGCCGUCGAGCCCUGCCGUCAUUGGAGCCCCGUUGACCUUUCCCACUGCGCGCCCGGGAGAAAUGGCCCAGCAGCUCCUCCGGUGCCAGUGCGCGCCUCUCCUCAGCCGAGGCCUCCGGAAGCCGAGAGCAGCCGCGGGGACCCCCGCCGUCGUUAUGCAGGCGAGCUCGGCCAGCUCGAGUGCCGGAGAGCCGCCCGGAGAAGGAAGAAGGAAUGUAAUUACUGAAAUCCGUGGGACCAUAAUGACAAUUGGCAUCAACAGGCCGGAAGCCAGGAAUGCUGUGAACCAGGAGACUGCAGGAUUGCUGGUGGAGGCUUUCAGAUCGUUUGAAGAGAACAGCACGUUGACUGUGGCUGUGCUUCAUGGGUUGGGUGGCAAUUUUUGUGCUGGUUAUGAUUUGAAGGAGUUGGCCCACGCCCCAACCUCUAUCAAAUUGGAACAAGAUGUCACCCAAACGCCUGGCCCCAUGGGUCCUUCCCGGAUGAAGUUUUCUAAGCCAGUGAUUGCUGCAGUGAGUGGAUAUGCAGUGGCUGGUGGGCUUGAACUAUCCCUCUUGGCUGACUUGCGCGUGGUAGAAGAAAGCGCUAUCUUCGGAGUGUUCUGUAGGCGUUUCGGUGUUCCGCUGAUAGAUGGUGGCACUGUUAGACUACCAAAGCUAAUUGGCCUUUCACGCGCGCUGGAUCUCAUCCUCACUGGGCGGCCCGUUGGUGCACAGGAAGCAUUUCAGCUUGGACUGGCUAAUCGAAUUGUUCCCAGUGGCCAAGCUCUCCAGCAUGCCAUUGAAUUAGCAGAACAAAUUUCAGCAUUUCCCCAGCACUGCAUGCGCGCAGACAGAAAUUCUGCUUACCACAGUGCGUUUGAUGCCUCUUCCUUCACAGAAGCCAUGCAGUUUGAGUUCGACACAGGAGUACAGGUGGUAUUAGAAGAAUCUGUUCCUGGUGCUAACAAGUUCAGCUUGGGGCACGGGCGUGGUGGAGCAAAGUUGUAGCCGUUGAGUAUAAUGGCUCUUUCUUCUGAAUGCAUUAGCUUCACCCACUUUAUAGUAGAAAUAACUAUGUUGCACUUGCAAAAUAAGAAAAGCACAUGCAGUAUACUGUACAGUCAUACCUUGGAAGUCGAACGGAAUCCAUUCCACAAGUCCGUUCAAAUUCCAAAACGUUCGGAAACCAAAGCUCGGCUUCUGAUUGGCU